AUGACAAUAGUCCGGUCUAGCUUCCUUAGAAGGCAGCCAUGGGGUAGAGGACGUUUUCCAAGACUAUACUCGACAAAGGUCCCUGAUAAUGCACCGAGAGCGGCUGACAACGAACAAUGGUUGGAAACCCUGAGACAUACAACACCGGCAAAACAGGGGAGGCAGUGGCCUGGUCGUGGAACCAGCCAAACUGAUCUGAUUGAAGUUCCAUUGGGCGAUGUAACAUCUAUCAACUAUCUACAACGGUAUAACAAACACAAGCAUAGCCAAGGCAAUUUCGUUGAUGUUCGAAUAGUUAAAUGUAGAAGCGGUGCUGGUGGAAGUGGAGCUGUCUCAUUUUUUAGGGAUGCAGGAAGGUCGAUUGGCCCUCCAGACGGUGGAGAUGGUGGGGCUGGAGGUAGUAUUUAUGUUCAAGCUGUAGCUGGAUUGGGAUCUUUGGCGAAGAUGAAGACGACAUAUAUUGGUGAAGAUGGAGAGGCGGGUGCUGCCAGGCAGUUAGAUGGUGUAAACGGCAAAGAUAUUUUAAUACAAGUUCCUGUAGGUACCGUUGUAAAGUGGUGCUUACCACCUCAAAAAGUUCGUGAACUCGUAGAAAAAGAACUAUGGAAAGAUCAAGGUACUACAUUAAGAUCUAUAUUGGCCUCCAAAACCAUUCCCUUGAACAGUCCUUGCGGCUCAAAUGAGAAAACGAUACAGUUAUACCGACAUCAAAUGGCGGAAAGCUGGCUUUUUAAGGACAAGUCCAAGGAAUAUCACGAAACUAAGGAUUGGUUUAAGAUUUUGCAUAAGAAAAUGGAAGCGUAUGACCAUUCUUUGAAACAAUCUGAAAUGUUCUACGACCGGUUUCCCUUAAAUGGACUUGAUCUGGAACAGCCUAUGUCCAAACCGGUGUGUUUGCUAAAAGGUGGUAAAGGUGGGCUCGGUAAUAUGCACUUUUUAACAAACGUGAUCAGGAACCCAAGAUUUUCCAAACCUGGUAGGAAUGGUUUGGAACAAUAUUUUUUAUUUGAAUUAAAGAGCAUUGCAGACCUUGGGUUGAUUGGUUUGCCUAAUGCAGGCAAGUCUACGAUAUUAAAUAAAAUUUCUAAUGCGAAACCAAAAAUAGGACAUUGGCAGUUCACCACACUGAACCCCACUAUUGGGACAGUUUCGUUGGGCUUUGGGCAAGAUGUCUUCACUGUGGCUGAUAUUCCUGGAAUAAUCGAGGGCGCAUCACUAGAUAAAGGAAUGGGUCUUGAGUUUUUGAGGCAUAUAGAACGUUCCAAGGGCUGGGUCUUUGUUCUAAACCUAGCUAACGAAAAUCCGCUGAACGAAUUGCGUUUGCUAAUAGAUGAAGUCGGUGGUCUAGAGAAGGUCAAGACGAAAAACGUAUUGAUUGUGUGCAACAAAGCCGAUAUCGAUUUCGAUAACUCAAAAUCAUUGGCCAAGUACCUACAAGUGGAACAAUUUUCUAAGGGUCAAGAGUGGGAUUGCCUUCCGAUAAGCGCCCUCAAAGAAGAAAACAUAGAAGUUUUAAAGCAAAAGUUGCUGCAAUGUGCGCGCCCGUCUCAUGAUGAGAAGUAG